AUGGCAGGUGGCGCCUGGUCCACGCCCUGCUCCAGGCGGCUGGUCCCCGCACGAGCCCCGUCCACGUCCCCGUCUGGCCGUGCCGUCGAGCAGCCCCAGAAGGCGUUGCGUGUCUGCCGGGCCCAUUGCCCCGAGCAGCAGGAAGGCUGGAGCCGGGCGCAGGGGAAGCAGGGCGACCCGGGCGCUGUCGGCGUCCUGCUGCUGCCAGGACUGGAAAUGGGGGGGCACAGCAAGCACCCGAGGACACUGGCGUCUGCCCCCACUAGUGCUGACCCCAGUCGCUCUCCCACAGGCUCCCACUUCUACCAUCAUUUCUACACGGGGGUGUCGAAUCCCAGCACGGACGUGUCCCGUUUCACUGCCGUGGGCUACGUGGACGACCAGCAAAUUCUCCACUACGACAGCGAGACGCGGAGACAGGAGCCGUGCAGGGACUGGGUGCAGGGGGCCGUCGAUCCAGACUUCUGGGACGGGGAAACUGUGACCUUGCGGGGCUGGCAGAGGGGAUUUGCCGCGAACUUGGUCACCCUGCAGCACCACUACAACCAGAGCAGGGGGUCUCGCCCUCUCCAGCUCACGUACGGCUGUGAGCUCCACGAAGGCCACAGCACUGGAGGCCACAUGCAGUUUGGCUACGACGGGGGAGACUUCAUCAGCUAUGACCCAUGCACGCACACCUGGGUAGCAGGGACAACGCAGGCCCAGUGCACCCAAUACAAGUGGAAUGAGGCUAAGGCCAUGCUGCAGAGUGCAAGAGCCUACCUGGAGGAGACCUGUAUCGUGUGGCUGCGGCAGUACCUGCAGCACGGGGAGGCAGCGCUGCAGAGCAAGCGCCCCGUGGCACAGAUGAGCGACCGUCCGUCAUCACGGGAUGGACGCACCACCCUGUCCUGCCGGGUCCACAGCUUCUACCCCAAGGACGUGGCUGUCAUCUGGCUGCAGAACGGGGAGGCACAGCCCCAGGAGACGAGCCGCUCGGGGGUCCUUCCCAGUGGAGACGGGACCUACCAGACCUGGGCCACCAUCGAGAUCGACUCGAGCAGCAACCACAGCUACACCUGCAGCGUGGAGCACGUGAGCCUGGGUGCAGCCCUGAGAGUGGCCUGGGACAAGGGCAGGACGGGCGAGUGA